AUGGAUAAAAUAGUCAGUAGACUUAAACAUCGUUCUUCGUGCUCCAGUUGUUCUGCUAGUAUAGUGUAUUUAUUCAAUUAUUAUCCCAGCGAUUAUAGUUACUGCUGGGGGUCACUAACUCCAAGAUAUCCUUACCUGAAAUUCAAUGAUUUGUGUGGCAUAGUUAUAUGCGACCACAGUAUAGUUACGGACAGUAGAGUUGACGGUUUAUUACAAAAUUACCGUCAUGGGGAGCCGCCAUACUGGUAUGCGGAGGGUAGUAUAUUUUUAUGUGCAUUGCAUCCUUCCGGCAUACCCUAUGGUUUACGCUUUGCUAUGGAAGAAUUUGACGAAAUGAUAGAAGAUCAAGACUAUUUGAAACUCAAGCCUUACAUUAGGGAAGUGGUUAAUCGAACAAUUCAUAGUUUGCGGCCUAUAACCAAUGACCUUCGUAAAUAG